CCGAGCUUGGUUGAGGUGCCGGCGGUGGUCUGCGGGAAAUGGCGGCCGGGGUGCUGGGUGGCCGUCAGCUCCGGCCGUUUCUAUGGCGAUGAGGCGGGUCGGGCCGGUUCAGGCCGCGUGAAGGAGACAUGACCCAGGGCAAGAAGAAGAAGCGGCUGAACCGCAGUGUCCUGCUGGCCAAGAAAAUCAUUAUCAAGGACGGAGGCACGCCUCAAGGGAUAGGUGAACCGAGUGUUUAUCAUGCCGUGAUCGUCAUCUUUUUAGAGUUCUUCGCUUGGGGAUUGCUGACAACUCCUAUGCUAACUGUUUUGCAUCAGACAUUUCCUCAGCACACCUUUCUAAUGAAUGGACUUAUUCAUGGGGUGAAGGGAAUACUAUCAUUUCUCAGCGCUCCUCUGAUUGGAGCGUUGUCAGACGUUUGGGGCAGGAAAUCCUUUCUCCUGCUAACUGUGUUCUUCACCUGUGCCCCAAUUCCUCUCAUGAGAAUAAGCCCCUGGUGGUAUUUUGCAGUGAUUUCUAUGUCUGGAGUAUUUGCAGUCACAUUUUCAGUGAUCUUCGCCUACGUAGCAGAUAUAACUCAGGAGCAUGAGAGGAGCACAGCUUAUGGACUUGUGUCUGCAACGUUUGCUGCUAGUCUUGUGACCAGUCCAGCCAUUGGAGCAUACUUGGCCAGGGCGUAUGGAGACAAUCUUGUGGUAGUUCUGGCCACUGCUAUUGCCUUGCUGGAUAUCUGUUUCAUACUUGUGGCUGUGCCAGAGUCUUUACCUGAGAAGAUGAGGCCUGCUUCCUGGGGUGCACCAAUUUCAUGGGAACAAGCAGACCCUUUUGCAUCUUUGAAGAAAGUGGGUCAGGAUUCAACAGUUCUGCUGAUCUGUAUCACAGUGUUUCUCUCGUACCUGCCUGAAGCAGGCCAGUAUUCCAGCUUCUUUCUUUAUCUCAGACAGGUAAUUGGAUUUUCUUCAGAGACUGUAGCUGCCUUUAUUGCAGUUGUGGGAAUCCUUUCCAUUUUAGCACAAACUGUAGUCCUUGGUAUUCUGAUGAGGUCCAUAGGGCAUAAGAAUACUAUACUUCUGGGUCUUGGCUUCCAGAUUCUUCAGCUAGCUUGGUAUGGCUUUGGGUCUCAGCCCUGGAUGAUGUGGGCCGCAGGAGCUGUGGCUGCCAUGUCCAGCAUCACCUUCCCAGCAGUCAGUGCUCUAGUUUCUAGGAAUGCCGAUCCAGAUCAGCAAGGAGUUGUGCAAGGAAUGAUCACUGGAAUCAGAGGAUUGUGUAAUGGCCUUGGUCCGGCACUGUAUGGAUUUGUAUUUUACCUUUUCCAUGUGGAAUUAAAUGAAAUGGGAGAUGUUGAUAACCCAGGCAAAGUUCCAAAAGGAAACAUGCAAAAUCCAACUGAUGAGAGUACGAUAAUCCCAGGACCUCCCUUUCUUUUUGGCGCCUGCUCAGUCUUGCUGUCGCUGCUAGUCGCCUUGUUCAUCCCGGAGCACAGUGGCCUCCCUCUGCGUUCUGGCAGCUGGAAGAAACAUAAUAACGGGUCACAAGGUCACCCCCACAGCCCACAGAGCACGGGUCCCGAUGGCAAGGAGCCUCUAUUACAAGACAGUUGUGUAUGAUGGCCAAGUGCUGCCCGCUCUCGGGUAGCUGGAAGUGGAGUUAGAGAUCAGGCACGGCUGCGAAGCCAAGGUUUUCAUUUUAGGAAUACUAACAUUCAUAUUUUUCUUUCUGAAUUUUUGGAAGUUUAAAAGUUUGUCUUGUUUUUUUUUUAAAUUUAAUAUGUUGAAAAACAAUUCCUAUCACCACUUUCUGGUCCACCUGAUUGGAGUCUUGAUGCUCUUGGGCUGCUAACAGCAGUUGGCACAACCUUGAAGUUCCUUAAUUACAGGAAGUCACUCUUCCCUGUUUUGCUGCCUUGUGCAAGACACCAGAAGUCAGUUGCAAUCAGUUCAUAAAUUACUGUGCUACUUCUGACCAAGUUUCGUUUUUAAAUUACAUUUGUGCUAACAUUUCCUGGAGAUGUGAGUAUCCCUAUGGAUGACUGCAAGCCAAAUAUACACACUGCUGGGGUUUGCCAAGGUCAUAACAUAAAUGAUCCACAAACAAAAAUGUGUAUUACAAAUGGUUCCUCUGGCAGGUUGCCUUAUUUGAAUCCUGGUGGUUUUAAAUUCAGCUUAUAGCUAGCUAGCUCAACACCUGCGAUUCUGGGAUCUAAAGGCAACGUAUUGCAGAUGUCUGAUUUUAUAAUGCAGGUUCACUCACAGCUGUGUACAAUGAAACCGGUCAUUCUAGUCUUGUGGCUAAGCAGCUAACUAUUUUCAAAACUGACAAAUUAGAAUGUGAGCUCCAGUCUUGAUCAUUCAUUCCUGUCCUAAAGUGGUCAUAGUGAGUUUUUCUCCUCCUCUACCUCCCAUCCUAAACCUUGACAUUUUAUUGAUGGGAAAUGGGGUCUUACUGCAAUAUGCCCUGUGCAGUUUUAUCUCUAUUGCAAAUAGGCUGCUAAAGGUGUUUACCACUUUCACCGAGAAUCUGGGGGCCAUGAGUACCCUACAAGAGCAAUUAUUUUAUUUGAACAGCACUUUUUUUUUUGUCUCAUAGGAAUUGGGAUAACUCUGCCACCAGAUGAUAGUCCUUUUUUGCUUUUUGGGGCGAGUCGGUUCAGUAAAGAACAGGAAAUGACUUGGAACAACAUUAAUUUCCUAGCCAAGUACAGCCUGCAUGUGGAGAGUCCCAGAAUUAGGUCAUAAGGGAAGGGAAAAUUGAACUCCAAGUCAUGAACUGCUCUCUGAUCAAGUCCUAUUCCUUAACCAUGGAAACUGUCUACCUGUCCAAAGUCAGCUGAAAGAAACCCUGUUGUGUUCUAUCUUACUUUUUUGUUGUCUCCUUAAUACCAAUCAGACUCAAAACUCUGGAGAGCUUUGGGCAUGGAUGUAUGUUCUAAACAACCCUGUGUGUUGCAAUAAUUUGCUGAGGAGUGCAUUUCACAAAUGCCAGAUCACAAAAGGAGUGUUUGUGCUGGCUCCUGUCUGUUCAGACCAAGCUGAUCCAACUUUGAAGUGGCUCAAUUCACAGCCCUCAUGUCUGCAAGCCACUUUGAAGUUUGAAGCUAUCUGAAGUACUGGCUGCCUGGUCUUGCUCCUGAAAUUAGCGGUAGACUUUAGGGAAUAAUUUGAAUCUGGUUUGCUAUGUACUGCCUCCAGCUUCAUUCCAACAAUUAACUUCGUCUAUGGUAUUUGAAUUUUACAAGCAAGUGCAUUUAGUCACCUGGAUUUUUACACUCGAGUUUGUGUUUAGCCCUGAUAGAAACUGGUUAAUGGAACAUUCAUUGGUAAACCAGUUCCCUGAUUGCACCCUGAUUUUAAUUUGUCAUCUUGAGAUUUGGUUAAGGGCUCUUCUAAACUGUAUGUUAUGUAUCCCAGAAUUCAUCUUCAAACUUUGUUGAUUGAGUUGAGGUUGCAGAGACUGUUGGAUAGGGGAAAUCAGCCAGAGCUUCACUCCUGAUCACUCAGUACUUACUCCUAUUGAACAUACAUCUGCUGGAUGUCAGAACCCACUACUGCUUUGUCCCCAUCUGUAGACUCAAUGGACAUUCGUGCAAAUGGUAUUAUUCUGAAAUACAAAUAGCAUUUGUAAAACAUCCAACACUAGAGCCUCUGGGAAAGGAGGGAGGAAAAAAAUGUCCUUACUAAUGCUGAAUUCAAAAUUGUUUUCUUAAUUUGGCUGUUCAUUCAGAUUAGAAUCUUGCACCCUGUGUUGCCUAGGGCUUGGAGGCAGAGAAUUUGUAAACCAGAUUACUAACUUCUAAGAAGACUGCAUUUUGCAUUUUUACAGUUUUCAUUUAGGAAUGGAAAUGGGAGCCAAAUGUCUCCCAGAGUGGAAUGAGUCUGGGCUAGUCCAGUAAUUAUCCUCCGUCCUCUUUUGGAAAUAAUGUAUUCAAGACUUUGAAAGUUAUUUUUUCACCACCCAUGCCCAAAUCCUCUAUCCACCAGGAAUAAAAUUCCUGUACCGGUUUCUGCUGGUAGUCCAACUACAUAAAGCAAAAUGUAGUUCUCAUAAAGAAGAAACCUGUCACCAACUGCAAAGUUCUAACUGCCCUUUUGCAAGUGAAAAUGAGGAUUAAGCCUCCAGUUCCUUUUUUAAUGUGCCAUAUUAUUUUACUCUAAUAUGCCCAGUUUUAUUGUGACUGUAAACUUUUCAGCUUUGGUACGUGUGUUGAGAAGUAAUGAAUUUUUGUAUUAAGGAGUGGGGAGGGGAAAAAUAGGAAUUACCAUGGGUGCCUUUUUGUAAAAUUGGUGGUCACUUUCCUUGUCGAGGUGUGAUCAAUCCACUGAGAAAAGACGACAGGGAGAUGCUUGAACCUCCACUGUGGUCAUUUAUUUCCUUUUGACCUUUAUGACUUUUAAGUUAUACAAUGAAAGUGACACACCAACACCAUUAUCAUUGCAAUAUGAUGCCUCAUCCAGAGUCCAUUGGAAUAUAGCAAUAUGCCAUUGUCACAAUACAUCUUUUUGCAAUGUGGUUGUGCUGUAGCCAAUUACAAAUUCUAUUAUCUCCCCAUCUGCCCCACCAAAAUUACCAAAUAAUCUAAUCUUUGCCACGAGCCUGUUUUUGGAUUAAGUCUUGGCUGCCGCAUGUCACGGUUUCCAAGAGACCAAAACGUGGUGAUGCCUUAACCUCGUUGCGGUAGUCAGGUCAAUAGAUGGAAAUUGUGUUUUUUAAAAAUAUUAGCUUGCUUCUUUAAAAGAGGGAUCUUUAAAUGGAAGGAUUUCCUGCUGAAUAUUUGCCAGCUGAAGCUGAUUUGGGACUCUGGUGGAGAGGAGGAAAAUGGGUGAUACAGCAGCACCCUACUGAAGGUCCAGACACAUUCAUCUAUUUCCCUGUCAUGGGGAUACAGAGCACUUUGAGAAAAGUGAGUGUAAUCAACUUAGCAACUUAGACAAAUUAUGACUUUUGAUUAAUAUUCAUUACCCAUAUGACGAGUACAAUCUGAUGGGCUAAUAAACUUGGUUGUCGCUCCCAUGUGAGCGUGAGAGGCUGUUAUAGGCCUCAAAGGAUAAUAAUUGUACUUUUAACCAAGUACACUUAGAUUCUACAAGAUUGUCUGUUUGUGUAACAUUUAUUGUAAAAGCUUUAUUUGAUAGAAAUAUAUAUGAAAAAAAUCCAUAUUGCCAUUUCUAGCUUUAUCUUGACAGUGGGCAUCAGUCAACUUGAUUUUAAAGUAUUCAGCAUGUUCAACUUAUUCUGCAAUUAGCAUUACAAUGGUAAUUUUUUUCAGAGCAAUGUUUGCAGCAAAAUACAAAGCUUAUUGGUUUGGAUAAAGUUUCUUGAUGGCCAGUGACAUUGAACAGUGGGUUAUGUUUGUCCAAGCUCCAUUGAUGAAGGGGAAUAAUGAUUAAUGAUACUUGUUUUCCCAUCAAUGCAAAAUGGUUACAAUAAAUUAACAGUAGUGUUGUGCGAGCAUCAUGAGGCUACAUAAGCAUUGAUAGAAUUGACCAUGCACCUUGGAAGGUUCCAGGGUCCAUUCUUGGGCAACAGCAAAUUGACUGCUCAACCAGGUCAGAUGUUUGGAGCAUCAAGCCUGUAGUUAAUUUGAGCGUUGGUCAUUGUUCAUUUGUCUUCAGUGCUUUGCGCACGUCCUGCUGGGCAUGUUAGCAUCAUAGAUUUUAGGGUAAGAAAUGAGAACGCUGUGCUCCAGUAUCUGAUGCUGCCAUGUGUUUGUUGACAAUCAUGGCAUCUAGAUUCAUGGCAUGUUGACUUGCCAUUUAGGUUGAAGUACUAUUGUGACCAGAGAAAGAAACUUUGUGUAGAUUUCCAGACUUCCAGUUAUCUUUAAAUGUAGCCCUGCUGUGAAGUUUUCUAGGUGUUGGCCUGGAAAUGCUUUGUCUUCAUUAGUAGUUGUGCCUAGUGAUUUAGCACUCAUCCUAGUGCAGAGCAGAAAGAGUUGUGCUUACAAUAUGGAGACUGGUGUUAAGAUUGAGCUAAGACUUGAAGGAAAUUCUAACCAAUUCCUCAAUGGAAGUGGGGCAAUGGAAACUCAUUAUUCUUGAAAUGUGGCAGUGGAGAUUGGGAAACUUUAAUUCAAUCUUUCCUUAACCAGCCGUGUCACGACUCUCUCUGACUGGGUGUUUGUUGACACCACUGUCAGCUAAUGAGUUGGAGUGAGGCAAGACUUGCAGCCAACAUUUAGCAGUCGGCAGAGUCUGUUUUAAAGCAACCAUUAUGAACUAAUGGGAGUAAAAUUGGCCAACAGCAUACUGCAGUUUCGCUGGAUUAAAAACAUGAUUUAUUUCUCCAGAAAUGUGUGGAAGAUAUUUGCAGAAUCCAAAUGAUGAUGUGCAUGAAACUAAUUCCAUUUGCCCAAGUAUGGUGCUCUCCAGACAUGAUUGAUGGAAAAAUCUUUUAAUAAUUUCCAUUCUGUUGGCAUAGCGGUUCCUGUACGCAGCCAUCUCCAGGCUAGAAAGGAGGUCUCUGCUGUCAGAACCGUCCCAGAAACAGGAGUUUCACAACUUUGAAAACACUGCCUAUCCAUGUUGAAGGGAAUCAGUUUCUGCUCAAGUCAAUGUUUUAGAAAGGAACACCGCAUUUUUCAUUCCAUUCUUCUCUUAGACCCCAAAAAGAAAUGUCCCCUCAUCGGCUGGGAGAGCAGGAUCCAGACAUGGAAUACCUUUGAAUGGUGCUCAGUGAUUGGCUGAGGGAAGAUGUUCUCCUCAAUCACCCCCUUCUGUCUUUUUAUAACUAAAGCAAGACGAAAAAUGUUAACUUUGCUUUAAAACUGUCUCUCGCAAGCUGCUGAAAUCUCACUGCGUUGAUUCAAUGUGAGAAUACUCAGUAUUAACUAAUCUUCUAUCAAUAGGUGUACAAAAUCAGUGCUGUCUGUUGAGAGUUUUACCCUGCCUGAAGAUAACUUUGGGGGAGGGGGAGAGGGAGAGAAUGUGAUAGAAUAUUAUUGAGUUGGAGGGUAAUCUAAUCAUGCAUUUUGUAGCGAAACAUUUGUCCCAUGGUUAAAAAGCUUUGGUUAUGUGGAAGUUAUUGCAAGAGCAAUUGUUGCAUUAAAUGUUUGUAUGUUAGAGUGCCAGUACUUUUUUUGCUGGGAGAGAUCAGUGCAUUGAAAAUAACACUGCUGCCACGGCUUUGUGUCUGUCUGUUAGCGUAUGAGAUAGUGGUUGACACCCCAAUCCUGCAGCAGUUAAGAUGCUGCAGUAUGAGAAGUGAUAACUUUGAGAAUAAGCUUUAGCCAAGGUGCCACCUGCACUGCCAGGUAGUUGUCAGUAUUAAGACAUUAUUUUUGAAAAACAGCAGGGGAAUACCUUCUGGUGUCCUGUCCAAUAAUUAUCACUCAAGUCAUUUAAAUAACAUUUUAAAAUUAAGUCUAGUCACCUCACAAUUUAUGACGAUUUGCUGUGUGCAAGUUCCUUGGUUUCCUUUAUUGCAAUGUUGGCUAUGCUUAAUGGGUAUUUCAUUGGCAGUACCAUGUUUUCAGAUGUCCUGAAAUAGUGACAGGUACUAAGUAAUUGUACAUUUUUUGUAGAUUUUAUUUUUAAACGAGGUUUCUUCCUGUCCUGUCAUGGGUUCUGUUUACCUUGCUGCAUCUGACAGGUCUGUCUUUGCAAUCCUGCAUGUAAACAUGGUUACUGCCCUGACAGGCUUCCAUAUUGACCAGACAUACUGAUAAUGUCAGACUGUUCGGCUGAUCAGCAUUGCUCCAGUUGGAGAUUGAUCUCUGUCAGCCUGCUCCAUCUAUAAUUAGAUGCUCCUGAGGUAUUGCUCAUAGAAUUGAAAUUUAAAAAUGAUCCUUCUCCCUGUCCCUCCCUCGCUGCAUUAAUUUGGCUUUUUUGUGGCUGGUACAAGCCAGUCAGUUCAUUUGGUUUGGCACUUAUGACACAAUCCAAGGCCGUUUGGAGCAGUUCAUUGGCAAGCAUGCCAAUAUUGGGUUCCACACAUAGGAACAGGAGUAAACCAUUUAUCCCUCACAUUUAUCUCAUCUCUCACCAUAAUCUUCGUUUUUUUUGUCUCCUUCCUGUAAUCUAGCUUCCUGUUAAAUGUGCAUUGAUAAAUGAACAUUGCAGGAUUGCAAUUAAAAGCUUAAGUUUUUUAAUUCUCAGUCAGCGGAUAGAUAAACCAAAGCCUGCUAGGGCCCCAUCUAACUGAGUAAAAGGUAAAACAAUGACUGCAGAUGCUGGAAACCAGAGUCUAGAUUAGAGUGGUGCUGGAAAAGCACAGCAGUUCAGGCAGCAUCCGAGGAGCAGGAAAAUUGACGUUUCGGGCAAAAGCCCUUCAUCGGGAACCCCAUCUAACUGAGUUAACUGUUAGCUCCCAAACAUUUGUAAUUCUAUUAUUUACCCAUAGCUGUAAGUUCCUUACCUGAGACUGAUUACUGAUUGCGUUGUGCCAAACAGAGCAGGACAAAAGGACUAAUUUUUGCAGAUCUAAGUUAAUAAGCUGAUCCCUUUCAUUUUGAAUUGCUGGAUAUCUGAUGGUUUCAAUAACUGAUCAACGUGCUGAAGGAAUGUUUGAACCAGACUAUAGAGCUGUGCUGAUGCAGGCGCCUUUUGGCUGAUUACGGAGUGUGUACUCUUCUGUACAUUAUCAGAAUUUUUCUGAACCAUAGUUCAGCAAGAGCGGAGGCCAGGUGUGCAUGAGGAUAACACUUCAGUCUAACUAGCUGAAACAGUUGGUCAUAUCACUGAACCAGGUGGCUGCUCAGUGUAGGUUAUGAGCAUACUGUGGGCCCAGGUUUGACAGGUAUGUGGUUUUGCAUGUCAGGCAAUUAUACACAUCUGCAAUUGUGGAUUGUGCUGUUUCCAUUUGUUUCAACUGUCUGCAGUUUGCCAAGUCACUUACUCAGAUCUCUUGGGCAAACUCUUGAUCAGUAUGUAAGGUUAAAUGAAAUGCUCUGGAUGCUUAGAUCCAAUGAUACUGUAUUGUUUAAACUCAGUUGGUAGGUUAUCAUGGAUCAGUUUAGUAAUAGGAAAUCUGAAGAAAAUUUGGUUGUACCUGAUUGUGUGACACAAAAAUGAACUGAAGUUGCGAAGGAUGUAAAGAGUAGUUACACUGAGGGAAUGAUGCAUUGUUCAGGUACAUUUUAACUCGACCAUGACAUUCCAUGAGACAGGAGUGUUUCAGGAGAGUUUCCCUCCAAUUGUUUUCAUCCCUUCAGUGUUCGGUAGAACUCUCAUCCCCUUUAUGGUAGAUGCAUGUUCUUCUUGAGACUUUCCACAGUGCCUGAGACCCUAACGGAAUCGGGUUGUGCAUCCUGGAGUUGAUUGAGCAUGACCUUAAGCUUGAAUGGUUCUGGUAGGAACUCUCUAAAGAACUCCACUUGGUGUUAGAAGGGUGCAUCAGUUUACCUGGCUGUGUAAAUCCUCCCACCUCAAAUUUGGAUCAGGGGUUUAAUUCAUUUCUGUUCACUGGUCCCUGGAAAUUGAGGCUGGUAGUAUUAUCGCAGUUUGCAUCAUGGUACAGUCUAUGUUCAUAACAUACAGGUUUAUAACCUGUGACAUGGUGCUCUUGUUUCAUCUUAGGAAUUCAAGACCCAAGAUUGAAUCAAAUAUUGGAAAAGGACCAGCAAUACAUAUUAUUAGGUUUACUAGGUAUCAUAGGGACACAUACAUUCUGUGGGGCAUUUUCAAUCUCCUCCAUGGGGCUAAUUAACCAUUACCAUUCAAAUAUGCCAGAAGUGUGUUUUGGGCAAUUGUAAGUAUUAAAGAUGGUAAAUCCGCUAACAAGGUUAUUGUACAUAUGCUUUUUUUUCUAAAGUGAGCAGAGUUGGUUCUGGCUAGAAAGGUAAAAGUUCAGACUCAUUGCAUUUUGGGAAAGUUGAUCUCCCUUUUGAGAAUUUUUACUCCAGGGUUGUGAAGACUGGAAACACAUUCUCAGAAGGAAGAAUAAACAGGGUUUUACUGGCAAUUGUUGGGGCCAAGUAACAUGUUUCUAGAAAAUCCAUAUUAUUUACUGCACACACUGACUAUGUACUGUUGGGGUUGAACUGUAAGAUUCGUGGUAGGAUCUCAGAGGGGCAAGCAAGCAUUGGGAAGCGGGGUAAGCUAGUUUAACAGAACCUUAUGUGACACACCUUAGGCUUCACAAAUCCAGUUACUAUAUUAACUGGCUGCAUCUCCUGUUUCCCCGUCACUUCAGUGAGACCUUUUCAGGUGUGACUUACUCAGUGCCCAGAUAUAGCUGCAAUCCUCAGUUCCUGAAUUUUGAGGAUGAUAGAUGUUGCUCUGAUAUACCAGCAUAUGAGAGUAUGCACCUCUUCAGUGCAUUGUAAAGGAAAAUAUCUGCUUGGUGUAGUAUUCACAAGACCACAACAAUUCUUCCACGUGACUGUUGCAGAGUUGUUUGGCCAGACUUCUGUACAGUUAUGCCAUGUUCAUGUUUACAACAGAGUACUCUUGCCACCCAUCCAACCAAGAACAUUUUUUUUCUUUAAAUUGGUAAUUAUGCUAUCAGUUUUGUUUAGCUCUGUUUUCCCUUGCCUUUUGCUAAUAUUGUUCAUAUUGUCCAUCCUCUUGUGGCCCACUGAACAGGCUGAAUAUCUCCCGGUGCCUCCUAUUGGGUGGAUCCUGAUCGGCUUGAUCCCCUGAGUGUUCUAGUGGGGUUCACAAAAGCGGUUAAUGUGAAGUAAUUGACGAUGCAUUUGGUGUGCCCUAGGGUACUUUUACUAUUGGCAUCUCCCUAAUCCUCAAAGCAUUGAAAUACAUGUGGAUAUUUUCAGAUUUCAGCUUUGCUUUCAUUAUUAUGUAUCCAUGCACUCUGAAUUAUAUCCAGAUUACUUACUCUCCACUAGCUCAAUUGGAAUAGUUACUCUCUCUGAGCAGGGAGUGCAAGUGGGUAACUAUCAAGAACAGUUGAGGCAUUCCGUUGUGAAACCUGUCUCUGGGAUGAGUGACCACUUUGACAUGAGAGGUAAUGGGUGGUGCAGGGGUUCCAGAGGAUGCUCAAUAUCUUUGUGACUCUAGCCUAGAAGUGAGAGAAACUGGGAAGAAAACUAUCUUGUCUGUUUUAGCUGACAUGUCAUUUGGAGUUGUAGUAAUAAGACAGUGAAUUCAUUCUCUGUCCUGAUCUGUGCACUUUUACUAAUUAGACUUUUUGCUAUUAUUUUUUCUGAGAAUAAGCAAUCAAUGGAUGAGAAUUGUUGCUGAGGUUAUACUGGUGGCAUUUGUUAGCUUUAUACAAAAGACCUGCAGUUACCAGGGUAUCUAUUAACAUCAGGACUGGUGAGGAAUGGCCCAAAUCAUUUUCUGUUCUGUUCAUUUUAAGUCUGUUCAAUUGCCUGAAUCUGAAAAGUUCAGUGUGUUGCAACUGCACCAGAACAAAGUGUAAAAAGACAUAGACCAGAUCUGUCUAAUUUUAAAUCCUGCUUCAGAUGUUGUCUUAUCAAAGCACAACUCGUGAAUUUCCCACAUUUGAUUUAAUUUUCAGAUAUGCUUUUAUUUCUCAAGCAAUGGGAGCACCCAUAGAGUACUUAAAAACAAAUUCUCCUAUAUUAACGCGAAGGUAAAGGACUCGUAUGCAAUGAACUGAGAUUAAUCAUCUUGUUCCCCUUCCCAAUCCUAAAUUGUAAAUAAAAAAAAAACACAAGCUCUGUUGAAAAAUCACUAGAUUUCCAUUGAAUUGUAACAACUGGUGAGUGUGUGGUGUCAACUGUGGCUUAAUAUUAGUUCAUUCCACUCUGGAGACUUGAACGUGAAACCGAGGCUGAGGAACUAGUGCAAUAUCAAGGGAGCGCUGUACACUCAGGAGUGCCAUCACUCUGAUGUCAUGCUGUCUUGCUCCAAAGGAUCCCAUGAAACUUUUCUCUGUACAGAGUCAUUUACCCCAGUGUCCCAGUCAAUGUGUCACCCUCAACCAAUGCUUGAAACAAAUUAUCUGGUCACUUAACUCUCUUAUUGAGCUUGUGUGCAUAUUGGCAGCUGCAUUUCCUAUUUUGCCACAGUGACUACAAUUUAAAACACACUUUUUGUUGACUGUAACAUGCUUUUAGGAUGUUCUGAGGUUGUGAAAGUCGCUAUUGAAAUGAAAGUUAUUUCUUUACCCACUGAAAUGGUGAACAAUCAGCCGACGGUAUUUUGAACAAACAGCGCAUCUCCAGAUUUGUUAUCAGAGGUUUCUGCAGCAUGCCUUGCCAAGUGUUUAAAACAAAAAAAAACCCUGCUAUCAAACACAGCUUGAAAUAUUUGCUGUCUAAAUUCUCAGACACUGGAUUCAGUACAGCUCCUGCAAAAAUCGCCAGGUGUAACAUUUUAAUUUGUUCUUUUGGAGGUUUUGGUUGAAGUUUGUUGCCUCCUUCAGAUGUGCCUCUCAAACCUGUACAAACUGUAAAUAGGAAUUGUCAAAGAAAAGUAUUUAUUAAAAAUGUACAUGAAACUGAA